AUGGCCGACGAAAAGAAAGCCAACCCUUUCGAGGACUUGAAUACCUCCGAACCUCCUGACCAAGGUCUGGCCUCUGGGGGCCAGCCAGACCGCGACAGGGAUCUGAACGACUCAGGUCAUGUAACUGGAGCAUUUGCAAACCAGCCUACUUCGAACUUAUCGCAGCCGUACCCCGGUCAACAGCCUGGCGCAUACCUCCCUCAGCAGCUCAACCAGUACCCAAGCCAGCCAUACCCACCUCAACAAGGCCCAUACCCUUCCAAUCAAUAUCCUCCCAUCCCAGACCACAAAAAGCCAAUUGUCAUACCAGCAAUCGGUCCCGAAAAUGUCUCUCCAUUCCUUCGUGCCUACGCCCCCAUCCUCGAGAAAUAUAAACUCCCCAAAGACUCGUUCUACCGCUUCCUCGACGAACUGAACGAAGUCAAGUCCACCAGUCCACCUCUGCAGGUGCUCGAUGUCACCGGCGGCAUCCUGCAAGCGGUUCCAAUCCUCUUCCCCCUCCGCUGGAUUGGUUCUGCAGUAAGCGGACUAGCCAGCCUUGGCGGUUAUGGGGUGUCGAAAGGCCGCGCCGACUUGGCCAUAAAGAAAGCCAACAAGGAAGUCUUUGGCCCACGUGGGCUGAAAGUCGAAAUCGCGAAGCUGGAUGCUAUCGCGCAUAUCGCCCACAUUCCUAUCCUUGAUCAAUAUGGCAAGAUGAACCGUCAAGCGCCGCUCGUUCGGCAACUGGACGAACUUUCGCAGCCUGCGUCCAAUGAAGCACAGGAGUUAUAUCUGCAGAAGAGGCGCAUUCAAGUUCUGCAGCCGUGGAUCGCUGAGCUCGACAUUGAUGUUCUUCCUUGGACUCCAAAAUCGAAGUUGCAUCGUUUCAAUAAUGUGCUGAAGAAGAAGAAUAACCCAGAGGAUAGUCAGAGGGACCGUCGUCGUGAUGAACGUAGCCGUGAUAGCCGUGACCGCAGGGAGCACGAAUACAGAUCGGAGGACGGAGAACCCGAGUUCCGGAGACCUCUUUGGCUGGUGAUUCGAGAAACCGAAAGUGCUGGUUCGGAAGGGAAAAGGGGGAACUGA